AAUCACUGCCCGAUCCCAGAUGUUGACCAGGAUCCGGCCCGGGAGUGCGGCAGAGGAACAGACCCGGCUGACAUCACUGCGUCUGGAUAUAUAGAUCCGUAGUUCCUCCCACUUUGGCUGCCCUCAUCCAUUGGCAGCCCGCGUGUGUAGUCCGCGUCACUUAAUCAUUGCGCGCGUGCAGAGGCAGGAGGCGGACCGCGGGCGGGAACAGAUAGUAACGGAGCACCGGAGACCGAGCGGCGGCAGUGUGCGCGUGACAGCACAGAGGAGAUAACGUUCAAGAGCCUCGCGUGCCUCGCAGUCCUUCUCAGACCCUCUGCACCUCCACCGGCUUCAUCGUUUGGACCUACACCUACCAGCCCCAUCAGAGAUGUCGAAGAAAAGGUUCACCGAACCGGAUUCCCGGGUUAAAAAAACAGCUUUUCAAGGCUUUUCAUCCAUGACCACCAACGACCUCUCACGUUUUUCGCCGGAAUGUGUAGAAUGAAGUGUUCUCGGUAACUACAAAGGAGAAGCAAGAGUGUGAAGAUGUCGGUACCUCUGCUGAAGAUAGGCGUCGUGCUGAGCACCAUGGCGAUGAUCACCAACUGGAUGUCGCAGACGCUGCCGUCGCUGGUGGGGCUGAACACCACCAAGCUGACCGCGGCGCAGGGAGGCUACCCUGACCGGAGUACGGGAGUACUGCCAGCGAACCCGGAGGACUCAUGGCAGGUGUACAGCUCGGCCCAGGACAGCGAGGGCCGGUGCGUGUGCACCGUGGUGGCGCCGCAGCAGUCCAUGUGCUCACGAGACGCCCGCACCAAGCAGCUCCGCCAGCUGCUGGAGAAGGUCCAGAACAUGACCCAGUCCAUCCAGGUCCUGGAUCAGCGGACCCAGCGGGACCUGCAAUACGUGGAGAAGAUGGAGGUCCAGCUGCGGGGUCUUGAGACCAAGUUCCGACAGGUGGAGGAGAACCACAAGCAGAACAUCGCCAAGCAAUACAAGGCCAUAAAAUCGAAAAUGGAGGAACUUAGACCCUUGAUACCAGUGUUGGAGGAGUACAAAGCCGAUGCCAAAUUGGUAUUGCAGUUUAAGGCGGAGGUCCAGAAUCUGACGUCAGUGCUAAGCGAACUUCAGGAGGAGAUGGGGGCCUACGACUACGAGGAGCUCCACAACAGAGUGUCUAAUCUUGAGGACAGACUCCGAGCAUGCAUGCAAAAAUUAGCGUGUGGUAAACUGACUGGGAUCAGUGAGCCCAUCACCAUCAAGACGUCAGGCUCCAGGUUCGGCUCCUGGAUGACCGACCCCCUGGCCCCCGAGGGAGACACCAGGGUGUGGUACAUGGAUGGCUACCACAACAACCGCUUUGUGCGCGAGUACAAGUCCAUGCACGACUUCAUGACGACGGACAACUUCACGUCCCACCGCCUGCCCCACCCGUGGUCGGGCACCGGCCAGGUGGUGUACAACGGCUCCAUCUACUUCAACAAGUUCCAGAGCCACGUCAUCAUCAAGUUCGACUUCCGCACCUCGGCCAUCAGCAAGUCCCGGCAGCUGGACUACGCCGGCUUCAGCAACGCGUACCACUACGCCUGGGGCGGCCACUCGGACAUCGACCUCAUGGCGGACGAGGGCGGCCUGUGGGCCGUGUACGCCACCAACCAGAACGCCGGCAACAUCGUGAUCAGCAAGCUGCAUCCCAGCUCGCUGCAGAUCGUCAAGAGCUGGACCACCAACCACCCCAAGCGCAGCGCGGGCGAGUCCUUCAUGAUAUGCGGCACGCUCAGCGUCACCAACGCUACUCCGGCGGCACCCAAGGUGUACUACGCCUACUCCACCAACUCGUCCACCUACGAGUACAUCGACAUCGCCUUCGAGAACAAGUACUCUCGCGACAUCUCCAUGCUGGACUACAACCCGCGGGACCGCGCGCUGUACGCCUGGAACAACGGCCACCAGGUGCUGUACAACGUCACGCUGUUCCACGUCAUCCGCUCGGAGGAACUGUAACCGGGCGGGGCGGGGCCGGCGACGGAGGAGGAGGGACGGGGACGGAGCCACCGUCAGCGGUGUUCAGACGCUUAUACUGUCCGUGUAGACAUUGCUCACACAUAUAUAUAUGAAGAUAUAUAUAUAUAUAUAUAUUAUAUGUAUAUAUUCACGGAAUAUAUUAUGGAAUAUAUAUCUACAACAAAGACAAGAGAGAGAGACUCUGUGCCCGCAGAGGACGCGGUGCUUUAGGACUCAGACGGACCGUGGCUUAGUGAAUGCAAAGUGGUAGAAUGUACAUUAUGCAUUAAGUUACGACAAAAAAAUGUUUGCUAUGUAGAAAAAAAAAGAUUGUAAAACAAACACAGUUUCAACAGUAGGAUGAACAUUGGGAGGAGGAGAGAGAAGAAGGGAAAAAAAAGAUGCCAAAAGAAAAAGAACAUCAUGCCUUUUUUUAUAUUGGAAAACCCGAUUCCCAUGACCUGCUUUCCUCCUGCUCUGGAUCUCCUGCUGUCUGCGGCCUCGACCCCUCCUCCUGGGGGAGGCUCCUUCAAAGAGACUACUGUAUCAGGGCUGAAGCCCACCCACCAGGGUCAGGUGGCUGAGAGAGAGAGAAAGGAGAGAGUGAGAGAGAGGGAGAGGGAGUAAGAGAGAGGAGAGAGAGAGAGAGAGAGAGAGAGAGAGAGAGAGAGAGAGA